AAAACGCAUAAAUCCACCCCAACCCAGCCCAGACUCCACAGCAUCGCCGAGGGAAUUAACAGAGGGAAGAAGGCGUGAUUGAGCGGUUGGAUUUGUUAGAACUUAGAGCAGGCUUCAAUGGAGGAUGAUGAUAUGGAUUCGCUGUUUGAGGGAAUGGUCCUCUUCACGCCUUCCCAAUUGACUGAUGAACAGAAGCUGCAGCAGCAGCAGCAGCAGCAAAAUGAUCACAAUCACGAUCACGAUCACGAUCAUAGCAAUAAUGAAUCUCAUUCUAACGUUGAUACUUCUACCGAUACCAUUAACGAUACUGCACCAUCACCUACAUCUCUCCACAAGGUGCAGGAGCCUCUUGAUGAGAAUCUAUUCUCUGACCUCACCCUUCAAACCCUAACUACCCAAUUAGAUCUUGUACCUACUUCUCUUGCUUCUACUGCUCCUUCUAUUGCAGCACAAGCACCCAUCUCUCGUCAAAUAUCCAGAAAGAAGAAGAAAGCUGCUAGCCUCAGGAUCGGCUAUGGUAGAGAAGCCUCUUUUGAUGAUCUGUCCUCUCAAUCUCAUCCUCCUCCCCAUCCGCCUCUUCCUCCUCUGCCCAACCCGCAUCUCUCUGCUGAUGCCGUUAAUAAUCAAAAUCUCAGUCUCAAGCAUGAUGCUUCGUCCGUUGAUAUUACUCAGCCUGAUAAAGCCUCCCAAUCCCCUACUUCCACUGAUUUAGCUGAUGGCGAUGAUGCAGAACUGGAUUCCAGCGACGCCUCCAUCCCUGAUUCCCAACCAUUAUCCAAAGAUGAUGAAUUUGAACACGUUAAGGCCUUGAUUUCUGAGAAGCUCCAGCGCUCUCGGCAGUUGGCUGCCUCUGUCUCCGCAGCUAGCAAGGACGCCGUCAGGAGGAGAAGAAAAGCUGCCGACGAUCUCAAUUUGGCUUCUGCCACGCACAGGGACCUUGAAUUGCAAUUGGAGAAGGCCUGUGAGGCCGAAGAUUUCGAGGCCGCUGAAAGGAUUAGUGACAGCCUUGCCACCGUUGACAAGGAGAGACAAGCCCUCCACACUAUUCUCAAAGACGCUGAAGCCCAGUGCGAUGCCAUUGAUUCUAAGAUGCGCGACGUUCUCGAAUCUCAUAUUGUAGUUGAGCAAGAAUGCGCAUCUCUUCUCUCUAAUUUUGCUAAGGACGCGGAAAACAAGGCAGAUUCAGUCUUGAAGCAAGCACAAGAACUUUCUUCUAAAGAGAUGGAUGAAUGGUUCUCAGCAAAUGAGGCCUUGGAGGCCAAGAAGAUAGAGUUGGAUAUUGAGUCGCACUUCAUAAAUGAAGCACGCCAAGCUGUGAAUGUUUCCAUUGAACAUUCAAUUGAGGACUGUAGGAAGGAGCAAGAAAUUCUUCAUAAGCAAAGGGACGUACUCACUGAUGAACUUCAGAAACUACUUGCUUUAGUCAAAGACAAGGAAAAGGAGAUAGCAGAAAACGAUACUAAAAUCAAAGCAGUUGAGGAAAGGAUUGCUGAUGUGGUCUCUGGUUUUCAGGACAGUAAAUCAAGCAUUGACAUCAAGUAUGAUAACUUGCAAGCAAAACUUUCUCAGAUGCAUUUGCAGAGCGAAGCUUUAACGACAAAAAGGAAGGAAAUUGAUAAGUUCCUUGCUGAGGGUGAAGGCGAUGGGGCAAAGCUAAGGGAACUGGCCAAGGUUUCUGAAGAUGAAGCAAAGGCAUACCAGGAAGUUGUUGAUCUGAGGAAAAGCUUAAAGUUGUCUAUCUUAAAGUCCAUGGAAGACAAAGUGAGGCUGGCAAAGACUGAAGAAAAGCUUACUGAGGAUGUCCAAAUUCUUCAUCAGGAAGUUUCUACUUUAAGAGCUUCCCUACAGGAGCUAUCUUCAACAAAAUCGAACAUCCAGCAAACUGUAGCCUCCUUCAAGCAGAGGAUUUUUUUCAUUGAUAAAAGAAUCCCAGAGCUGGAAGCAGAAAAGAAAGUUGCUGCCGCAGCAAGAAAUUUCAAGGAAGCUGCACGAGUAGCUGCUGAAGCAAAGUCAUUGACCAUUGAAAAGGAUGGAGUGCAGGUUGACUUGGAAGGGGCAACUUCAAAGCUGGAGAAGCUAGAGGAAGAUAUGAAAAGUACUGUUAGCAGAUUGCUUGAGACUGAACAACUGAUAUCGUCCAAAGAAAAGGAGGUUGCAAUGGCUAGAUUUGAGAGAUUACUUUUAAUUGCUGGUGCUGCUACAGCUGAAAGGUUCACUGCUUUAGAGCUGGGUGACACUGAAGAAGCUAACCUUCUACUUGCAGAAGCUGAAGCAGCAAAUACUGAAGCAAAAAAACUUCAACCGAUAUUCAAUUUCAAUGAGGAACAGUUCCCAAAUUUACCAAAACAUUUCCUCUCCAUGGAACUUGUGUAUAAUCUUGGCAGGAGACAAUUGGAAGAACUGGCUGCAUCUGUUGGUCUGCAUCACAAUGAUUAGAAACAAAGUGGAGUAGAGUUGGAAGUGAUCAAUGAGAAGAUUGAAGAUGCAAUUUCUUCAAAAUGCUCCGCAAUUACGGGAAGCUAUUGAUAUUGAAAUUGCAUUCGAAGGGACGACCAGAUAUGAUCAACCUUUUCAUGGCUGUUAAUGUGGGUCUUCAGAGAUGCCUACAAAGAUCAUAUAUGAUGCAUCAUACAAUUUUGCUGAUCAGAGGUUCUUCAACAAGAUUUUCCCUAUGCUUACGUUUUUUUAUGCAAAUCUUACAUUUACCAGGACAAAUUCAGCAUAGGCAAGUUGGUGAAUAUUUUUUUUUGUUUGUAAUUACUUUCGAGGUAUUCUUGUGACGUGAUACAUUUUGCAUUCCAAAAUUUUUUUGUUUGGUAUGCUGUUGUGAAAAAUAUGAAAUUUGUUCUGUUCUGAAAUCAAUAGAAAUUGUGUUUAUUUUCA